CGCGACUCUGUACAGGAUGCCAUCGGCGGCCGCCUCGACUCCCUCUCCGUCUGGCGCCAUGUUCCUAAAGAAGCUAUUCGACAUGAUGCACACAACACCGCCCAGCAUUGGCGGGUGGUGCCAGGGCGGCACCGCGUUCGAGAUAAAAAAGCCCAAAGAGUUUGCCCACCUUAUGCUCCCCAAGUACUUCAAACACAGCAAGUUGUCGAGCUUUGUGCGGCAACUCAACUUUUACGGGUUUCAAAAGUGCAAAAAGGAAGUGCUCCUGGUGGCGCACGAAACGGAUGAGUCGAAGACGUGCCUGACGUUCUUUCAUCAGCAUUUCGUCCAGCACAAACCGCACCUGAUGAACAAGAUCAAGCGCAAAACAAACUACACGGAGAUCGCUAGCGACGGGUCGACCGUCGACGAGGUCGAGGAGCUGCGCCACGAAGUCUCCGACAUCAAAUCCACACUCUCGGCGCUGUCAGCACAACUCGGCCAACUCGCUCAGCUCGUCUCUUCGAUGGCCCCCCUCCCGACAGCACCCGUCAAAGCAUCCCUUCCGCUUGCGCUGCCGCGACUUGAGAAGCAGAACUCCCUCAUCGACGCCCUCGAGUAUUUAGAGGACGACGGCGCCGCCCCGACAUCGUCGUCGCACGGGUUGCAGCCACUCGACACGACGUACCUGGCGCCGCUGUUUGUCAAGUGCGAUGGAUCAGACACAAUGAUCUACCAGUGUUAAAAUGUAAAUGUCCGUCGAAAUCCCUA